CAAGUGAGGUCACAUUCCAUCCUAGGAAACCUACACGGAAACCGGACGCAAGCCCUGUUUACUCGUGGUUUUACUGGUCGUCGGUCACCAAUAUCUAACCAUGAUUCUAUACGCUCUUAAUUCUCACUGAUCAUGUGCGCUUCUCUUUAUUUAAUCUGAUUUCUUUUAAUCUUGUGGAGAAACAUCGGGCCACUGACAGGUGUUCUGUCGGACAGGUGACGGUGCCUACAGAGCACGCCGGCCGGUGGAGGGGCUAGCGCCGGAAGGUUGGAAUUAUUGGUAUUUUUUGUGAAAACAUGACCGUUCCAUGCAGAGAUGUGGAUAGUGUUAUUUUUUCUGAGCGUGGGAGCUCUGCAAUGUACAGUGUCCUCCUCUCCCCCCAGCCCCAGCAAUGUGAGCUUCUCUUCAGUAAAUCUGAGGAAUGUUCUGCAAUGGUUACCAGAAAGGGGCACACCGGACGACACACACUUUAUCGUGCAGUAUGCUAUCUAUGGUGACAGGGUUGAGGGCAAUAAACGUGCGAACUGGAGGGCGGUGCGGCAGUGUACGGAUAUAGUGCGGAGCUGGUGUGAUCUGAGCAAUGAGACGUGGGAUCUGGAGGAGGGAUACUAUGCCAGGGUUCGUGCUGUGAGCCGGAGAGCAUCCUCCAAAUGGGCCAUGACGAAGAGAUUCGAUCCAAAGACGGACACUACUUUUGGUCCUCCACUGGUUUCUGUGAAAAUAGAGGACAACAACGCCACCAUCACUCUGAAGGGACCAAUGAGAUAUCAGCCGGACAACCACACCCCAGCGGUUUCCAUGACAACACUCUACCCGCAGAUGACUUACAACCUCUCCAUUGAGAAUACACGUCGCGGCCAGAUGCACCAUUUCCCAGUGAGCUCCAGUUCAUACAAAUAUCGACUGAUGCAGUACGAUACAGAGUACUGCUUCUCUGCCAAGACGAAAUUCUUCUCCAUGCCCAUCCAAUGCGAGUCUUCAGCAUGGCACUGCAUAACCACGCCUCAAGACCCUGUGAUUGGCCAGCUGAAGAGGGUGGUUGUGGGUAUUGUUGUUCCAUCUGUGUGCAUGUGUAUGCUAGUGGUGGUUGGCUACCAUCUCUAUCGCUACAUGUCAGGGAAAGGACAGAAAAGCCCAUAUAUACUGAACCCACCUACUUUCCAUCUGCCUCCUCUGACGUUCCCCCCUGAGAGUCCCAACCUCAUCAUCACCAUCAUCAAAGACCUACAACCAGGAAGUGGCAUAUCAGGCCCUGCAUGGCCCAAGCCGCUGCAAAACAUCGCACAUCCCCCACCAGGAUAUGCCUCCCAGGGGCCCGAAAUACCGCCAGAGGUUGAGGAACCCUGGGAUGAUUUGUCAGUCGACUAUGGGUUUAUAGACGUAGCGCCCAAAAUCGAUGUCAGAGGGGAAGAUGGGAAUAAUCAAAAAGGCGAACACCAGAAAAGCGCAGCGAGAAACAGUUACGAGAAGAAAGAGUGGAGAGUUAAGGACGGCCACUCCACUGGACACACGCAGACACAUGCACAGACAGAGAUGAGCACACUUAUACAAGCACAUGCAAGGUCACAGCCUGUGUUACUGACCCAAACUCAGGCCCCAUUACUGUCUUUUCAGGGAGCAACUAUGGGAGAGGUGGAUAGAGAGAAGGAGGAUAGAGAGUUUCCAGGUUUACUUAUAAACACAACCCCACAAACUGGCCUUUUCCGUAUGCCUUUAGAUCUACAAACAGAGAAGAUGGGAGGAAGGGGGGAAGGGAUGGAUGGAAAGGUAGAAGAUAGAACAGAUGGAAAGAUGAAUGGAGGUGUGGAAGAAAGUGGUGAAUGUGAGCAAGUACCCCUUCUUUCUGCUUAUGCCUCUCAGAACACCAAUGCCAUGCCUACCUCCACUGACCAAUCAGAUUUCCUUCCAGAUGACUAUGGUGUUCUGAGACUGGAUACAGCACACAACAUAGAGAAAUGUAAUGAGAAGGAGGAGGAAGAGGGGGGAACUAUUUGUGUUCAUUGGGAUCCCCAGACCAGGAAACUAGUGUUGCCAGAGAUUGCGAUGGAGUUCAACAGGGAGGAAGGGUUGGAUUGGUUGAUGCAGGGAGAUAAAGAGAGUGAGAACAGGAUGGGAUGAGAAGAGGAGGAGGAGGUGAAUCCAAUGAAGGGCGAGCUGAGGUUGGAAAAUGUGUAUGUAAGACAAGGGUCCGAGGAAAAGGCACAGAGAGAGAUGGAGAGAGGUGAGGGAAUAGAGUGGGAGGCAGAUGAUUUUUUCACCAGAUGGAAUUUGGUCAUCUCGAUGGACCAGUAGAUGAUAUUUAUCAACAUAUUUAGACCAUUACUACCAAGGUAAUGCUCUUCUUCUGCACUUUUAAUUACACUUACACUUAAAUUCAAUAGCAUGACCUCAGUUUUAUUUACAAUAUACGUGACGAUAUCAAAUUCUGGGGAGCACUUAGUACUGUAGUCGGGUUAGUUUUAUACCUGCUUUAUUAUCAUAACUUAAAGAUCCUGAACUUUAUCUGAUUAACAGAUCGCACUAAUCAAUGUGAAUACAUUUGAAUAAGUCACACUGUGAUCACUUCUGAAGGAAGUUCCCUGUGUUCACCUUAAUUCUGGGCUACAUAUAGUACACUAUCAGUGUUCUGUAUUUAUUUGUGCUAGAUAUGAAGAUCUUUAAGAUCACCAUCAUCCUGUAGCGCAGUAUUCUACCUGAUUAAAUGCUGUGUGAUGUCAGCCAUGUACACCAUGGUCACCACAGCAUCAGAUCUCAACCCAACAAAGCACUAAUGGACUGUUCUGGUGUCUGACACAUGAUUUACCAAAAAUACCAAAUUACAAACAGAUUGCAAAAUAUUUGUGAGUUCCGGUGAUUUGGAAGUAGUUACUUUGGUGUUUUCUUUUACUUUUGCAGUAUGUUCUGAUGUGACCAAAGUUUACUGUGGAUAUUCCAUGACUGUACAUAUUCAUGUUUACUUAACGCUAUCUAGCAAUAGUAGUUGUGAGUAGUCUCUGGGUUUUAGUUUAGCAUCAGUCUGUUGCGGUUUCAGUUCCAGGUAAAGCACUUGAACUUUUCCUGUUGAGACCCCUUGGGGAAGUAUUUUUUGUACUGUAUGUUUGUGGGAAAUUGGCUGAAUCACAAUGUAAACAGUUCCACAUUUCUCAGCCAGAGAUUGCAGCAUUCCUUUCAAUACAAAUCCACCAUUGCUAAAUAGGUUAUAUCAAGGAAAUACUGAUAUUCAGAAGAAUAAGACAUGUAUCUCUGUGAUUAAUGUGUUCAUACAUGAAGUCAAAACUAUCGUAACAUUAGAAUUUAUUCUAUUUUUUGUACUUAAUGUAGGGAUUUUAUUAAUGAAGUUGCCUGACCUAAAGUAUGUGUCAAUAUUAUCUGAGCCUUUAUUUUGCAAUCAUCGUUUUCUUUUUUUCUUCAAACUAAUUACUGUCUGCCAUGCAAUAUUACAGCAUUAUCACUCAUCUCUUUUCAUUUUUGGAUGCUACAUGUUUUUUGUAUCGAGCUGAGACGUUCAGAAGCCUAUCAGACUUUAUAGUACUUCUGCAUAAGGUUAACAUGAUAAGUAAACACAUGUAUGAUUAAAGUACAGUACAUACUUCAAAUUGCACUAUUGUACCUACCAGAUGAACGCUACGUAGAUUAUGUUUCAUUAUGUAAUAAUGGAGGAAAACAUUACACUCUAAAUGAAGAAGCUUUGAUUUUGAUUGUCUUCACAGUGGUUACUUGCUUUCUGUUUCAUUUGGGGAAUUUCUGGCAUUGAAUUACUGUAAAAUCUCUUCCUGUUCACUGGCCUUUAUCCAAAACCACAGUAAGAGGAAACUUUGAAACUCUUCAAGUACAUUUACAGUAAUUCCAGAUUCAUCUGUUUUCAACUCAAUGCAAUAUGAUUAAAGUUUGAU